AUGGAUUAUACUAUUGGUGAAAUGGAAACCUUAAGAUCAGGAAAUGAACAAAAAAUAGCUGAAAUUCAACGUAUUAAUAGUCAAUUAAAUAAAGCUCUUGAAGUAAA